AGUAAAGAGAAAUGUCGAAUAGGAGACGACUGUAAUCAGUGUGUACUCUCACAAGAAGGUGACAAAUGCACAGAAGAGAUCACACAAGCAUCACUAUACUGUGAUACGAUAACCAACAAAAUAGACGUGCAUGAGAAUGCGUUUCUUGCCUGCAAUCUUCCGAAAAGCAAACUUGAACAUAAGUUGUGCGGUUACGGACAAUUUUUCGCUGACGGUAAAUGCCGAUCUGGCAACGUCCGCUAUAAACGCCAAGGUAUCGCCGGCUCAGGAAGAGUUGGAGACUUUUGCUCAUUCAACACUGAUUGUCUUACGGGUAUGUUCUGUUCUACUGGCUCAUGCACUUGCCUGAGCAAUUUCGUUGCCAUCCAAGGCUACUGCUAUUUAAAGAAGAAUCCUGGCGAAAGUGGUUGUCAGUACGCCGAACAGUGCACUGCUGUCUGGCCAGAAAGUCGUUGUGAGAAAUCACGGUGCGAAUGUCCGGAAGACGUGAACGGUAUUCCGUACGUACAAGCGAAAACUCGUGACGGUGUCGUUUGUAUUCUGCACUCGGGUGAAGACGGUGAUCCUGUACCAAAAUGUCCACUACCGGAAUACGAUGACGACCUAUUGACGAUGCCUGUCUCGCAACUGAGGAAUCCGGCGAUGACCGAUCCUGACGACAGUGACAUAGAAAUGGGUGAACAUAUAAAUCCGCUGCAGUUCUGUUCGUCUGCAUCCGUUGACUACACGACAUUCGUAGCAAACGGUGCUGGUGCAUGUGUCUAUUCACACGAUGGACAAGGUUCUAAUGGUGUUUACAUUGCUGAUAUCUACGAUUGUGUUAGUGCUGUUGAGUCGAUGAACAACGUUAAAACCGCCAUGGAAGGUACCUAUGACGUCAGCUCCGCAUCGGAUGGAAUUUGCUGUCCGAACAGAGCGUUCACGUGUAUCCAGCCGAAACGUGAAGCUGAUACCGGUUCGACGGCACCGGCUGGUGUACGACCACGCUGGUGGUACAACGCUGUCACCGGCACCUGCGAGCAAUUCAUGUGGGAUCCAUGGGAUGAGACAGAGAUGCAAUCACCUAACAACUUCAAAACUCGUGAACAUUGCGAGUCUUAUUGCAGGGACACUUGCAAACGUGGUUCACCUCAGUACGUUACCACGAGUGGUUCACAAAACGACGACGAGCCGAUCAAUAAUUGUCAAACGUCGACGUCAUGUACGACGAACUAUGAAUGCACGUCAAUCGGUUCGAUGCAGAUGUGCUGCCCAACGGUGGCGUCGAUUUGUAGCCAAGCUGGUGCUCGACCCUCUGAUCCACUACGUAACACGAAUUUCGAUCCAGGAAUGAGCAUGAAACGAAGCUACAGUCUCAGCUUUUCCACAUCAAACAGAUACUAUUACGACACUGAACAAGGUCGUUGUAUUGCUUUCACCUACAACGGUGCUCUCGGCAAUUUCAAUAACUUCAAAUCGGCUGCCGAUUGUGAGUUGUUCUGCGCCAAACUUCAAUGUAAGUACGGUACACCGCUGAAGAUUGGAGCCACCAAUCAACGCUGUAGCAGCAAUACCGACUGUCCCAGCACGCACGAAUGCCAGAGCGAUCACAACGUCUGCUGUCCACGACCACAAGCGAUUUGUUCACAACCGUUACGAUUGGGUGACUGUAAGCAGAGCGUGCGUCGCUAUUGGUAUAACGCUGUGACGAGAGCGUGUGAAAUUUUUGACUAUACCGGAUGUCAGGGUAACGAUAACAACUUCGAGACGUUACUCGAAUGUCAGAAUACCUGCGAGAAUAUCAUUCCCGAGCCACAAUGUCCUCAAGGCGAUGCCUACAAAGACUAUCAAGGAAACUACUACGUGUGCUCGAAUUCUGGCGCUGGGAAUUCGUGUCCCGUCAAUUAUGAAUGUUACUUUGACGGUUAUGUCUGGGGUUGUUGUCCAACUAAAGCAUACACGUGCACUCUUUCUCCUCAUAAAGGUGUCACCUGCGGUAGCGGCUCAUCCUAUCGAUAUUUCUACAACAGCCAAACACAAGAAUGCGAGAGUUUCCAGUACAAUGGAUGUGACGGAAACUCGAAUAACUUUGCCACCAGAGAAGACUGUGAGGGUUACUGCAGCGUUGGAGGUUGUCCGUCCGGUGGCACACCUGAACGCAACGAAUUCGGCCAGUUAAUGGUGUGUUCGGCUAGUCAAGUAUGCCCGACAACACACGAAUGUACAUCAGUGAAUUCUGGCAGCUCUGUGGUCAAUCGUUGUUGCCCUACCAGAUCCUAUAUUUGUUCACUACCCCCUCAACAAGGAAGUUCGUGCUCAUCAUCGGCAGCAUCUCGAUUCUAUUUCAACAUAGUAACAAAGGAAUGCACACAGUUCACCUAUAACGGUUGUAGUGGAAAUCUUAAUAAUUUCCCCACUCUCGAACAGUGCAAUAAUUUCUGUCUGUCGGCCGCUUGUACACCCGGUGAUGUCGCCUAUGUGAAUCCGAACACAAAUAUGCCGUAUGAAUGCAACGCAGCCCUCAGUAACAGUUGUCCGAGUAAUUUCGCCUGUACCUAUGAUCAACUGUCCGGUACCAGUGUAUGCUGCGGAGCAACGAAUAUGGAGGUUUGCCCUGAGGGUGAAAAGGCGUAUGUGAAUGCAGUGGAUAUGAGCGUUCGUGAAUGUCUGAUUAACGUCGAAGGAUCGUGUCCUAGUAACUAUUUGUGUCGCUUCAAUGCGCUUAAGAACCGCUACUACUGCUGCGCCUCUAUUACGGGUGAUCUCUGCCCGACUGGAAAAGCACUCUAUCGCGAACCGUCUUCAAAGGCACCCAUCAGAUGCACAAUCAGUAGUAGCAGUAAUCAGUGUCCGACCAGCUAUUCUUGUCAGUCAGACGUCCCGGGUGCGUUCCAAGGUUAUUGUUGUUCGGCCAGCUAUCUGUGCCCGAACAAAUCUGAGUUCUAUCUGGAGGAGAGCAAUCAAAUGCCACGAUCGUGUACUGUGGGAGCAUUCAUCACCUGUCCUAAUGGUUACAACUGUCAGAGCACACAAGCCGAAUUCACCACAGGAUAUUGCUGUAAAGGAGAAGUGGCAUCGUUAUCGGACGGUUGCCCACCAAACGAAUUUGUCUACAUGAAGGACAACCAGAUCGCUCCUUGUGACCCGUUCAAUCCACCAAACGCACCCUGCCCAAACGGCUAUUCUUGUCAGUGGUCACUGGCUAAUCAACGCUAUCAGUGUUGUGGAGCAACACCUAUCAGUACACCAAAAUCCGUUACCGCGCUCGGUUGUCCUAACAAUCAAGUUGCCUAUAGAGACGUUGCUACCAAUACGCCAAGAAUAUGCACGGCUGCAUCACAGAAUUGUCCAAUCGGUUAUUUCUGUCAAUUUUCAAAUGUGAACAAUCAAUUCCAAUGUUGUGGAAUGGCUGGAGGAUGUCCGAAUGAUUCUGUGGCGUUUAUUGGAAUCACUGGCGAACCACAAAAUUGCGCCAUAGGUCAAAGUAGUUGUCCCAAGGGAUACUCGUGUCAAAGGAGCAUCACAGGCGCCCAGCUAUGCUGUACCACCAACGAACAAGCUAACGUUUUCGCCACUACACCAUAUACAUUUAUUUCAGGGUGCUCUGAAAAACAGGUAUCCGUCAAUGGUCGGUGUGUGAAUCGUGUUUCGAUUGGCGAGAACUGUAUUGACCAGCUACAGUGUCCUACUAGUACAAUAUGUAAAAGCGGUAUUUGUGAGUGUCCCGAAAUGCAGAAAUAUGUGAACGGCGUAUGUCAGACGGAAUGCAGUGACAACGAGGUGAACGUAAAGGGCACCUGCCUACAGAAAGCGGAAAUCGACGAGGAAUGCGAGGCUGAUGAACAGUGCCAGGGUGGUUCUAUAUGUGACGAUGGCAUUUGUGCUUGUCAAACCGGUGAACAAAGAAUGAAUGAUGUCUGCAUUAAGAAAAUCCCUUCACGUAAAGUGCCGAAAUGUCCUAUUGCCGGUCAAACACCGUAUAUCGAUAGACGUACUAUGAAACUGAAAUUUUGUGAACCUACUAGGAACAGCUGCCCACGCGGUUACAGUUGCCAGUUCUCUGAGGCCGUCCAACAGAGCAUUUGUUGUGGCGGCGACAAUGACGAAAUCGUGCACCCUUUAACGGCCACAUCCAGCAGCGAAGCUUGCGAGAAGGGUUCUGCUUACCUUAUGAACGGCAAACCAAAACAGUGUACGAGCAGUCCAUGCCCAUCCGGUUACAAAUGCACAUUCUCCAAAGCCAAAAAGAAUUACUAUUGUUGUUCGACCUUCACUUCCACUCAUGGAUGUCCAUCUGGUGUUCCGUUACUUUUCCCUAGUACUGGUACACCAGUUCAGUGUACAGGAUCGACGUCGUGUCCUGCUGGAUACAGGUGCAUACGCAGCACCACUACCAAACGAUUCCAAUGCUGUUCGAUAGGUGAUAACAGCGUCAGAAGACCGCAGCCAAAUAAUCGAGUCGUCAACAAUAAGAACAACGGCAACAAUGGACCUUGUCCGAACGGCCUGGUUCAAGUGUUACGAAUUGUUAACGAACGUAUUGUGAAGAAAUGCGAAACAUCCUGUCCACCACAUCAAAUCCCCGUACGUGGUGUUUGUCGUGACAGAUAUCAUGCUGAUGAUCCACUGGCGAACAACAGUUGA